UUGCUCCCGCGGGCUCUUUUAGCCAGCGAAUGGGUUGGCAGGGCUAUUCGCCGUGUUUUGGGAACAGAGUCUGACUUGUCUCGUAACCAGGCUCCAAUGUAUCAAACAUAUCCCCAGGACGCCUUUGCCUGUGGCCAGUGGUCCAACAGGCCAAGCUUCCCCCCGACGUUUCCAGCAUCGAAUCCCGCCGCACAGUUCGACGGCAUGUGGCACGAUGAACUACAGCACCCGAUGACAACCUACGACAUGCCAACAAUGUUCCAAACAUCCGAUGACGUCGUCUGGCCCAUGCAAGAGCAGCCUGCUGGAGGCUUCUCCCAGCCGUCAUCCGCAUCUCCCGUUGGAUAUCAAGGACAAGACGCAGAGUGGAGCUCGAUACCAUCACAAGACACCGGCUACGCUUCAGGAACCUGGAUGUCAAACGAACAGAUCCAACCGGUGCCGUCUCCCCUGUCAGAAGCCCCGUCAUUUAACAACUACACCUUCAACCACAAGACACCCAGCGACUACGAACCUCACUCGGCCACCUCCACCGCCCCUUUGACAUCCCAGAGCUCCUUUGACACUCGGGAGUCGGCCUCGCCCGCCGCUAGCACCGCAGCCCCAGUUUCAAAACCUAAAGGCAAAGGCAAAGGAAAGGCCGCCGUCACCAAACCCUCCAAGAAAGGCACAGAAGCCUCCUCCAAAUCCCGGGGAACAAAGAGAAAAUCUCCCGCUCCGUCCACGAAAUCCACCUCAAGUUACAACAGCAAGCCACCACCACCAUUUCUGGGCAUCUUUCCUCCCGAUGUCGACCCCCGGGAGGCUUCAGCCAAGGUGCAACGCGAAGCAUGGGAGAGGUGCAAGAACGAGGCCAUGGUCAUGUCGCAAAGACGGCUCCUGCUAUUGGACCACGAGCGUGGUGCAUUAGAGCGGGAGACACAGAAAUUGCAAGACAACCUUGCCUUGAUGAGAGAAGCAGCUGCGAGGGAACACGGGCAACUGAAGGAAGCUGUGAAGAAGGCCGAGAGGUUGAAUGCGAGGGGGUAUUACUGA